CAGGAAGACGUUUUUUUGUUCCAGGAGUAAACAUGGCAGCGUCCUUCAUGGAGCCGUUUAGGGAACUACUAGUAAAGUUUCUCAUUCCAGAAAAAUGUUUCGAUGAAUUUUUCAUAAACUUCAACUUUUUAGAUGUGCCUUGCCUGAAAAUCCUGAUCAGCAAGGUACUAGGAAUUGGGAUCAUUGCUGGAUCAAUUAUGGUAAAGCUGCCUCAGAUAAUAAAACUAAUAAGAGCCAAAAGUGCAGAGGGCCUGAGUUUCAAAGCUGUCCUCCUUGAGCUGCUGGCAAUUACAGGAACCAUGGUCUACAGCAUCUCCAACAGCUUCCCAUUCAGUGCCUGGGGAGAAGUGCUGUUUCUGAUGGUGCAGACCGUGACGAUUGGCUUUCUCAUUCAGCAUUAUGGGGGGAACACUGGAAGAGGCAUUGGGUUUUUAGGGCUUUAUGCAGUUAUACUGUUACUGCUGCUGUCACCACUGACCCCCAAGACUGUGGUAACGCUGAUGCAAGCCACCAAUGUGCCAGCUAUUGUAAUUAGUCGGCUCAUUCAAGCAGCUACUAACUAUCGCAAUGGACACACAGGGCAGCUGUCUGCUAUCACUGUGUUCCUGCUGUUUGCUGGUUCUUUAGCCCGAAUUUUCACAACAGUGCAGGAAACUGGAGAUCCUUUAAUGAUACUGACAUUUGUGGUUUCGUCAUGCUGCAAUGGUAUUAUUGCAGCCCAGUUACUCUACUACUGGAAUGUCCCAUCCAGCCACAAAGAGAAAAAGCACAAGUAGAGUAAAGAAAAAAACAUGUUGCAGAGGAGGGGAAGAAAUCAUGGAGUUCAUACCUGAUGGAACAUUUCUUUAAAUCCAAAUCUUUCUGGACCAAAAUAAAUCGGAAAAAUUGUGUGCAAUAUUUACUGAUUUAGAAUCGGUUACAUAACCAGCUAUUGGAAGGUAACAAAGCCCUGGCUAAUAGAUGAGUCCAAAAUCAUGAAAGCUACAGGGACAAUAACAACAGUCAGUGAUAUACUGUAUAUGAAAGUGCUGGUUUUAACACAAUAUGGCCCUUGGUUUAUGUGAUCUACUUUGUUUUUUUCUCUUGCCUGUGUUCGUAUGAAAUUACAUUCCCGAGUUAUUUUUGUAAAUUUCAGUAAAUCUGUUCCUUUCCUGAUUUCUUUUUAAAAAAUUAAAAUGUGCUUAUUUUAA